AUGAGUUGUGAGAUCAACCUUGGACACCCGGGUGGUAAACUGGGCGGUAAACUGGGUGGUAAACUGGGUGGUGAACUGGGUGGUAAACUGGGCGGUAAACUGGGUGGUAAACUGGGCAGUAACCCGGGUUGUAACCUGGGUGGUAAACUGGGCGGUAAACCGGGUGGUAAACUGGGCGGUAAACUGGGUGGUAAACUGGGCAGUAACACGGGUUGUAACCUGGGAGGUAAACUGGGUGGUAAACUGGGUGGUAAACUGGGCAGUAACCCGGGUUGUAACCUGGGUGGUAAACUGGGCGGUAAACAGGGUGGUAAACUGGGCGGUAAACUGGGUGGUAAACUGGGCAGUAACUGUAACCGGGUUGGUAAACUGGGUGGUAAACUGGGUGGUAAACUGGGUGGUAAACUGGGCAGUAAACAGGGUGGUAAACUGGGCGGUAAACUGGGUGGUAAACUGGGCAGUAACCCGGGUUGUAACCUGGGUGGUAAACUGGGUGGUAAACUGGGUGGUAAACUGGGCAGUAACCCGGGUGGUAAACUGGGCGUUAAACUGGGCGGUAAACUGGGUGGUAAACUGGGCAGUAACCCGGGUUGUAACCUGGGUGGUAAACUGGGUGGUAAACUGGGCAGUAACCCGGGUUGUAAACUGGGUGGUAAACUGGGUGGUAAACUGGGCAGUAACCCGGGUUGUAACCUGGGUGGUAAACUGGGUGGUAACCUGGGCGGUAAACUGGGUGGUAAACUGGGUGGUAAACUGGGCAGUAACCCAGGUGGUAAACUGGGUGGUAAACUGGGUGGUAAACUGGGCUGUAAACUGGGUGGUAAACUGGGCAGUAACCCGGGUUGUAACCUGGGUGGUAAACUGGGUGGUAAACUGGGCAGUAACCCGGGUUGUAAACUGGUUGGUAAACUGGGUGGUAAACUGGACAGUAACCCGGGUUGUAACCUGGGUGGUAAACUGGGUGGUAACCUGGGCGGUAAACUGGGUGGUAAACUGGAUGGUAAACCGGGCGGUAAACUGGGCAGUAAACUGGGUGGUACACCGGGUGGUAAACUGGGCGGUAAACUGGGUGGUAAACUGGGGCGGUAA